AUGAGCAGGCGGACCUGCUGGGUGUGUACGAUGUGCAGAGAUGCACCGAAGAGGCUCCCUUCAGACCUUACUUCCGAGGAAAUGUCCCAGUGGGCCGAGUCCUUUGAGAAGUUGAUGGCGACAAAAUAUGGGCCAGUGGUCUACGCGGCGUUCCUGAAACUGGAGCACAGCGAUGAGAACAUCCAAUUCUGGAUGGCCUGUGAGACCUACAAGAAGAUCGCCUUUCGAUGGGGCAGACAUUUUCGGGCGAAGAAGCUUUACAAGAUCUACAUCCAGCCACAGUCCCCCAGAGAGAUUAACAUUGACAGUUCGACAAGAGAAACCAUCGUCAGGAAUAUUCAAGAACCCACUCGGACGUGCUUUGAAGAGGCUCAGAAAAUCGUGUAUACGCACAUGGAGAGAGACUCGUACCCCAGGUUUCUCAAGUCGGAGAUGUAUCAGAAGCUUCUGAAGUCUAUUCAGCCCUAUGACAAGGUUUCUCAAGUCGGAGAUGUAUCAGAAGCUUCUGACGAAUAG